UUCAAUGAGCUCAACGUCUUUGUCACUUAGCAUUACAAAGCUAUUGAACUGGGACUGAAAAUCCUUGUAGAUAGAGGUUGUGUGCCCCCGCAGCUGAAAUUGCUCCUAAGGUCAUGAGUUAUGAAUGGUGGUGUUUUCAUCGAAUCGAAACCGUCAACUAUUUGUGCACGUCGUUAAUCACUGCUAGAUUAAAUCAAGCAGCCUGAAUAUCUGGCUAUCAUCUCUGGCCUCUCCUGAUAUCGUUCUCGAGUCGAGGUUUCGAGAUAACAAGAGAUGUCGGGCAAUAGUAACACGAGGUACCGUGGUAUUCGAAUGAGGCGCUGGGGAAAGUGGGUAUCGGAGAUUAGAGAGCCUCAGCGAAGUGGUUCGCGAACGAACCGCAUUUGGCUUGGAUCAUUCCGAUCAGCGGAAGAAGCGGCACAUGCUUACGACGCCGCCAUGCUGUGUCUCCGGGGUUCGACUGACAAUCUGAACUUCCCAAACUUCAACUACAGGCUUCCGCCGGGCAGCCCUGGGCGCUACAGCACGCGUGAAAUCCAAGCCGCUGCAGCCGCCGCAGCUGCACAAUCUGCGGGUCGCCCCUUCUCGUACAACAAUUUCAUGUCGCCUGGCUCAUCUUCUGACAGCGAUGAAGAGAUCGAAGACAUUACCUACACAGGAAGCUCGACCAACACACAUUAUGGCACUGAAUCACAGGCUUCCUUCAACGACAACUGGCGUAGCUAUGACGAUGACCCCUACAAUCAAGUGCAUGAGAUGGCUCGAGGAAUGAUGAUGCAGCCUCCCAAAAGUGACUCUGAUGACAGCGAUGAAGACAGUGACGACGGCGAUCCGCCAUUGUGGUGAUUUACAGUUCAAUUGUGGGUUCUCACCGCAGACCAACUAUUGAACAUCCUCUACCUCUCUGAAGGGCGGAUCUGAGAUGUUCACAUUCUAUAUCAACCUUCACCUAGUAUACGACUUCCGAGACUUAGUUGUAAAGUGCUUGUAUAAGUAGUAAUCGCUAAUCAGAUGAGCCGCAUGCGAUAUUAAUCUAGACAGGAACGUUUGCUCCUUUGCCAAUCUCGGGCCGAGGAAAUCAGCCUUACUGAAAAGUCAUUCCAGCUCCAUGUACGCAUUUCGAGCUCGAUCAGUUAGCAGAAUUUUCUUUACAUGUGUACCAGUUCAAUCCGUAACAAGAAUCACUUGUAUGCCUUUCCAGUUCUUCA